GUUGAGUUCAUCAGGCGCUGUUGUUGUCAACGACGCCAAUGUUGUUUCCCCAAAGGGUUUUACAUUGAAAACGGCUCUAACGGGGUCAGUGACACGUGCUCUUACAUGCAGCUCAUCAUUGGCGUUUUACAAGUUCAAACAUGGACAUCACAGAGGAAAACACUAAGCAGGGAUCAGUACCGCUGAAUUCCAGAGUGGAUCAUCACUGGGUGGAGAAACUCUUCCCUCCUCAUUUCACUUUAGAAAACCUGCUGGAGAACCAGAUCAACUCAAGUGAAAAACAUUUCACAUGCAUGGAAGAACCCCAGAGGGGCCAUCGAAGGCAAAUCUACCUAACUGCUCUGAAAGAGGUGCAGCACAUUGAGAAGCUGCAAAAGAAAAAGGCCCUGACAAACCGAAUCUUUAGACAGGAGCUGUCUGUAGACAGAAUGUGUGAAGAAGCAACCCAUGAAAACCUUACAGACCAGAGGGUUGGUGAGAAAGACACAAGCAUUUUGAAUGAAAAGGACAUCAGCAAACUACGAGCUGGUUUUGCAGAGAUGACACAAGACCGUUGUCAACUAAUUCACAGGCUCAACUCUGCAGAGGAACAGUUAAAAGCAGAACAUGAAGAGAAGAGAAUGCUGCAGGUGCUGGUGGAGAAACUGGAGGAACGGUUAAGCCUCUCCAGCAAAAAGGCUGCACGUCAGUCCCUCGUGAUAAAUGAUCUAAAGACAGAGGGGCAAAAAAUGAACAAGCAGUUGCACGAGCUUGCAAUACAGGUCAGGGAAAAGGAAGAACAGGUACACGGUUGUAAAACAAAUCUGAGAAAAGCAAAAGAAGACUUGCGUAAGACAGAGCAGGAGCGGAUCAAUCUUGCAAGGGAACUGGAUGGGGUACAAGCACAAAAGAGGACUGAAAGAGACAAACUGGAGAAAGUGUCUGAGAUUGAAAAUGAAGCUGCUCUUCUGAAGCUUCAGAGAGAGCUGGAACGGGUGAAGACUGAACUGUGUGCUGAGAGGGACAGUCAUGCCCGCAGCCAUGCAGCUCUUGAUCUCUUACGCAAACACUUCAGUAGCCAAUGAUUCAAAUUGCAGAAUUAUAGAAAUGUUUUAAAGGGGUCAUAUGGCGCGAAUAUGUUUUUCUGUGUCUUUGGUGUGUUAUAAUUUGCCCAUGCAUGACACCUAAGAUUUCAAAAUUUAUAGUGUUGGAAUAAAAGAUGCACUCUAUUUAAAAGCGAAUGCUCACACAGACCUUCUUGAAAAGUGUAACCACACCCCUAAACAAUUUACGUCAGUUCGUGGUAUGAUUUGACCGCCCAAAUGUAUUCGCAAGUAAGAUGGGCGUACAUGUCAGUACAAUUGCAAAUGUCAAUACCUGAUGUUCCAAAUAUGGUAAGCGUCACUUUUCCGUCACAAGUUUGCAGUAUUAACUGGCCAAUCAUAGCACACUUCGCUUUUCAGAGCGAUGAGGUUUGUAAAAAAUCUGCACGUUUCAGAGAUCCGAGGCAAAGAGGAGAUACAGCGUUUUUGAACCAUGAAUCAUGUAUAAACAUUUCAUUACAUCUAAAACUAUUAAUAAUAUUCGUUUUAGCCGGGUGAUAUGACCCCUUUAACACUAGCUCUGCAUCCCGAGUCAACAACUUGCAUACUUUUCAAAGAGGCCCAAUAGAGCCACUAAAUUCAACAUGGUAAUAAGCCUGGCCCAAAGUUAACUUCCGGUCUGUUUGAAUAUAAAACAACAAUUUAAUGUAUAUUAAUUGUAUGAAAUUAAAACUACUCAACAGUUAUUGAAGUAAGUUUAGGCCACAUAACGUUUUUGUUGUUACCAUUGAUACCGUCAAGAAUCAUGUACUUCAAGAUAUCACAUACGUAUCGAAUUCAAAGGACACAUGGUCUGUGACAUUUCAUUCGAACUCAUGGUGUGUGUAUGGAUCUUGAAAUUGAGACUGUAUCAA